AUGUCUAUACCAGCAAAGCCAAAGCUGCCCGUCACAGUCGACAAGCCGACGCCCUACACCUUCGAUCUCGGCCUGCUGCUGGCCUCAGACCCCAACCCUCUCGAGAUCGACCACGAUGACCUGGAAGGAAGCCUCGCAGCGGUAGCCCGCGACGGCGCGCAGGCGCUCGUCAACCAGCUGCUCACCACCUGCCCAAUAACCUCGUCCAAGACGGACGGCGUGCUGCUGUCGCUGCCGCCCCCGGUGACGCCUCUGCCGCGCGAGAAGCCGCUCCCCGCGCCGAAGCCCCCGACCAAGUGGGAGCAGUUCGCGGCGCGCAAGGGCAUCAAGCCCAAGACCAAGGAGCAGCGCCAGAACCUGCGGUACAACGAGGACAAGGGCGAGUGGGAGAAGAAGUGGGGGUGGAAGGGCCCCAAGGACCGCGCCGAGGGCAAGGUCCAGGACGACUGGCUGGUCGAGGUCGACACGGCCAAGGAGGCCAAGCUCAAGGACGGCGAGACGGUCCGCGGCACGUCGCGGCGCGAGAGGAAGGAGAAGAUCCGCCGCAACGACAGGAAGAUGCGGAGCAACGCGCGCCAUGCGGCCAAGUAG